AUGAAAAUCAAGCUUCUUAUCUUCAUGUUUUUUCUCUGUGCACUAAUUCUUAUCUCUACUGUGGCAGUUGAAACAUUAAAAGUUGAUGCAAUUGAAGAACCCAAAAAAAAUGUUGGAAUGGAUAGCUGGAGAGAUUGGGGAGGCUCCUUCUGGGGAGAAGAAGAAGUGAAUAAUGGUGAAGGAGAUAAAGAUGGAGGACAUGGAAGAGGUGAAAAAGGAAACGAAUCUAAAAAUGGAAAAGAUGAUUGGAGAGACUGGGGAGGAUCUUUCUGGGGAGAUGAAGAAGGGAAUGGUGGUGAGAGAGGCAAAGAAGGUGGACAAGGAAGGGCUGAAAAGGAAGAGGUGAGAUAA